CCUUUGGACCCUGACGUCACUAAUUUAACAACAGCACUUCCCUUUCGAGACGCUUCGCCAUAACAACGUGUUCCUCUCGGUUUUAUCCCGGUUUGUCUUUGUAAAAGAAAUGCAGCCGAGAAAGCAACACGUUCUGCUCCUCUGGUUGCUUUUCUACUCCAGCAUGGCGGAGGCGCUGGAACCCAUUAGCACCACUAUCGCAGUAGGAAUGGCUGCGGCUCUCACUGGAAUUUUAGCGAGAUACCAGAACAUUUUCUACUACUUCCACGAGUGCUGCCGGCCCGAGUGGAUAUCAUUCAAUAUAACAAGGCUCAAGACGGACCUGGACAACAAGCUGUUCGGUCAGCACAUUGCGUCCCGCAUCAUCUUAAGAGCCGUGAACGGCUUCAUGAGCAACCCGAACCCGAAGAAGCCACUGGUGCUCUCUCUCCAUGGGUGGACCGGCACCGGGAAGAACUUUGUGAGCCAGCUCAUCGCCGAAAGCGUUUAUGCCGAAGGAAUGCACAGCCGCUUCGUCCACGUGUUCACAUCCACGCUUCACUUCCCGCACGCGGAGCACAUGGCCACCUACAAGUCUCAGUUGCAGCAGUGGGUCAGAGGCAAUGUGACCAACUGUGAGCGCUCCAUGUUCAUCUUUGAUGAGAUGGACAAGAUGCACCCAGGCUUGAUUGACAGCAUCAAGCCAUACCUGGACUAUUAUGACAAGCUGGACGGGGUUUCUUACCGGAAAUCCAUCUUUAUCUUCCUCAGCAACGCAGGAGGAGACGGCAUCAUCCAGACGGCUCUGGAGUUCUGGAAAGCGGGAAAAAAUCGAGAAGAGAUCGAGCUCAAAGACCUGGAAACGACACUCUCGCUGUCCGUGUUCAACAACAACAAAAGCGGCUUCUUUCGUACAAGUUUGAUCGACAAGAACCUGGUGGACUUCUUCGUUCCCUUCCUGCCUCUGGAGUACCAGCACGUGGUCCAGUGUGCCAUGGCUGAGAUGAAAGCCAGAAGCCUCGAACCGAACCCCGACGUGGCGGACCAGGUGGCCAGGGAUUUGGUCUACUUCCCCAAAUCUGAGCGAGUGUUCUCCGUUAAAGGCUGCAAGACGAUAGAGAGCAAACUGGACUUCUACACGUAGAUGUGUGCAUCUAAAGGACAUAAAGACGCGUCACUAAGUGCACUUUUUUUUUUAGAUAAAGAACUUUGCAGCCAAAAUGACUAGAGACAGGAAGCCAGUCUGGCUGAAGAGAAUUUAGUGAAGGUUUCUCUGUCUGACCUUGUGGCCGUCAAGCCAUCAGGAGGCCUUCUCACUUACACUCAGCGCCAGCCGGAUGAAAUAUUCAAGCGGUCAGAGCGAUUAGUCGCUUGCUAAAGAGCUUAAUCUCUGCUUUUAUGUCGCCAGUCUUGGACGGUUGUGUUUCCUUGGAAAAACUCUUAAGUAUUGAUGUCUUCCUGUCAGGGAAUCCCGGUUCCCUUUGGAGCCGUUCUCCGACGUGGUCUCGACGUGAACGGAUCGCCUUAAAUCUUUGUCUCACAGUUUUUCGUCAAAUUUUACACGUCAACAGCUGUUCAUUUACCUCAAUAAACGAGCAGUUGGUGGUGUAGGUGAGGUGAAAACAGGAAGUCUCCUUUUUUAAAACUUAAAUCUAGUGUCCUUUAUUCUGCACUGUUAAACCUCGCUGCACUGCAAAGAUUACACCAGUGAAAUGGAGUGUUGUAACGUGAUUUGUUUUUAAGAAACUCAGGAUUGUCGUCUCAUCAUCAAUUCUGUUCGUCUGAAUGGAAACAGUUUGGGUUGGCGUUUCCCCAAUCAAAGCGCUACAUUGCGUGUAAUAUACGGUGAUUUUCAAAUGUCAGGUUUUUGCUAUGAAAAGAAAACGAGACCAUGACAAAUCGCUUUAAAACAUUUCCACAUGUAAUGUUGGGGGUAAAUUUAUCGCUAUGAGAACAUAAUGGAGUGUAAUGAUAUUUUAGAAGCUAAGGGUUUUAGGGAAUUAACUUAGACAUUGACCUGAAGCCAUUUUGUAAUAAGUCCUUGCCAAGAUGGACAUUUAUUUCAUUUUUACAGCACUUGGACGGAUGAUAAUCUAUGAUUUUUGUUUUCAGGAAAUCAAAAGCAGAAAGACCUUAACACUUACAUUUUUUUUGGAAGACUUAACUUGACUUACACACAUUAUCACAUAUCGCAUGUUCUCCUAAUUUUGUACAACUCUAAUACAGAUCAGCUGAAAAAUAAAUAAAUAAGUUGGAAAGCACCAGCUUAGCUGCAGUAGCCUAGUUUUAUAAACUUCAAACUUUAUUAAUUUAAGCAUCUGAGCAUCUAUCAUCCAGCAUUUUGACUUGCAACAGUUCUCCAAGUCUAUUUCAUGAGGCGAUUUUCUAUUGAUGAUUGUUCUGAUCUUUAGCUUGGCCAUUACAAAAUAUCAUUGUAAUAUCAAAAUUAGCGGUGCACCGAUAAAUUGGCCGGCCAACAAAUCAGCCCUGACUCCCUUUGUUUUGGUUUGAUUGGCAAUCGGCCGAUACGUACAUAAAUCCACUGAUCUUAUCUAUCCCUGCAAAAGUCUGAAAAUUAGGUUUGUAGGUGCGGGGUUAUCAAUCGUCAUCCUAUAGCUGCCAACUUGGUGACUUUGUUGCUGUAUUUAGUCAUUUUUAAGACAAAAAUAAAAAAGCCAAAAUUGGAAUCAGCAGGUCAUUCAUUUAAAAAAUCGGUGAUCGGCCAAAAACUGCAAUCGGUGCACUCCUAAUUAAAAUAGCAAAGAUCAGCUUAGAAACAAUAUUUGCUCUGGGCGUUUUUGAUGUAUUUGACCAAUAGGAUGGACUCUGCUCUUAAUGUUUACACCUGAUCUAUUGUUUUAGUGGCUGAGCUGCUCAUGGAGGACGGUAAAAUAAAAUUUGGGGUAAUAAUUAAUAGUGCUGGAAUUUUCAGCAAGAGUAUCACAGUUAUACAUUUUCCUGCUGUUGUGCAAACCUAGUGUUUACUCAAGUAGACUGAAUGAUGAAAUUGAGUCUACCACAUUUUAGUUUGAGGUUCUUCAUAAUUAUUAAACUGCAUUUUUGCAAAAAAAAAGAAAAAAAAUCCUUUCCAACAGAUUUCUUUUGUCUUUAAUCAACUUGUACAGAAUAAAUGUUACAUUAAUGUUGGAAAAAGUUUAGAUAAUUUCUCAUUGUUUCAGUGCCAUACUAAGAGGGGCAUCUAUGCUUUUUUGGAGCUACUGUAUUUACUUUCUAAGCAGUGGGUGGAAGUAUAUCUCUGUUGGUUGUACAAGUGUUAAGAAGAAAGCAAACCUUUUCAGUGUGACUGCUUCUGUUUACCUCUGAAUGUGAAUGUGAAUUUCUGCUGUGCAUAGAAAGCUCCUUGGCUGUAAAUACCACCAAGCAUUCAGAUCACAGCUAAUAAUAAAACAUGUUUUUGA